AUGCCUACCACCCAGGUAACCCCUACAGCGGAUGUUCUUCUGCAAGGGAUCGCCGACUCUCUUUUCAAAGCACGAAAGGUUGUGGUCAUUACUGGCGCAGGCAUCAGUACCAAUUCGGGCAUUCCUGACUUCCGGAGCGAAAAUGGACUCUACUCCUUGAUUCAGGCCCAGUUCGAUGCCGCAAAUCGGGUGGAUGUUGUCGAACCGAGGAAUUUUGGCUCAGCGGAUGCCAGUCGCGAAGAACAGGAACCACCGACGAAACGGAGGAGACUUUCUUUUGAGGAUUCGGGCAUUUGUCUAAUUGAUGACUCGCACGAUUCACGGGUCACAGGGAAUCAUGCAUCCGCUUUGCAAGGCUCCGACUCAAAUACGGCAAGGUCUACUGGGCCCAUCACUAGGGCGAGAUCGAGGGAAUCAACCGUCGAUGCCGGGAGUGCCUGCCCAAGUACCAGUACCAAUGAUGCAUCCCUUCCGGGUGAUAGAACCAGCUUGAGGAGAUCUUCGAGGGAGAGCGCGAGAGCUCAGUCUUCACCCCCGGACAAGGGCCAUCGGAAAGACCUGGCCACCGGCAGAAAUCUAGGCUCUGUGGAAGCCCACAACAACCAAACACCCAGCGACAGAGCUACCCGCAGCUAUUUGAGGAGGAGGGGACGGUCUGCAAGCCCAUGUGCCCAGAGAGCCAACGCUUAUCAGGCGAGCUCUGCUGAGAUGCGCAAGAGGUCUCUGCUGACAUCUACCAUCGCCUCUGUGCAAGGGUCAGGAAUCAUUGAAACCGUCAGCUCGACUUCAACUCCCGCCGUGCCGAGGGCCACGUUCACCAAGGAAGGUGAGCAGUUAGAGGAGAGGAAAUCCGUUCAUGUUACGCCAAAGACCUCGAGAUUCUUCUUCAGCUCUUCCCCUCUGUCAUCACCACCUAGCGCAUUCCCGCAAACGCCUAGUUUUUUGAGAGACACAAGCCGCUUCACAAGAUCGACUCUACGACAGCAGCCAAUGGGCUUCAGUUCCUCGCCAUUAUCAUCGCCUCCGCCAGUCUUGUUCGACCCUUUUGAAGAGUCUUCAUCGUCAACUAGUAGGCAGACAUCGAGUGCGGCCAGCAGCGCUGCAUCUUCGGAAACCGACGAAACGCCACCGUCCUCACAGCCUAGCAAGUCGACUUUACCCAACAUCAAAGGCAGAGAUCUAUUCGAUGCCUCAAUAUGGGCGGAUCCCUUGAGAACUUCGGUAUUUUACACUUUCGCCACUACGCUUCGAGAGAAGGUCAAAGAAGUUGUGCCGACAGAGUCUCAUCACUUCAUCGGCCAUCUACGCAACCGUGGGAAGUUAGUCCGAUGCUACACGCAAAAUAUUGAUCAGAUUGAGGAGAAGGUUGGGCUUUCCACCUCGCUGCAGGACGGACCGGGGCAUCGGGGCCGCUUCUCGAGGAAAUCCGUCGGGGCUGUCUUGGCUACGGCGGCAACGGGGAGUUCUAUAGGAGAGUCUGUCUCCGCAACACCAGAAACUAGUGAUGCGAAAGAUUUGGAUGAACCAAAAGCGCCCGAUGGUGGCGGAGCCGGCGAGUCGGCCGAAGCGACCCAGGCAGCCGAGUCACAGGUUCAGCAGCACGCUGAGAAGAAGUCGAAUGGUGUGGAAUGUGUUUUCUUGCACGGAUCACUGGAGUCUCUUAGGUGUUUCCUGUGCGGGAAGAUUUGCGAUUGGGAUGAAGACGACAGAUCGCACGAGACUCUCUCGGGGCGACAACCUGAGUGCCCAUACUGUGCUGGAGCAACAGCUGCACGGCAGGAGAGGGGCAAGAGAGCGUUAGGUGUGGGCAAGCUGAGACCAGACAUCGUACUCUAUGGCGAAGAGCACCCGAACGCCCAUCUCAUUUCACCCAUCAUCACCCAUGACCUGGGACUGUCCCCGGACCUCCUCCUCAUUCUCGGCACGUCACUGAAAGUCCAUGGCCUGAAGGUCCUUGUCAGGGAGUUCGCCAAGACCAUCCACAGCAGGGGCGGCAAAGUUGUCUUUGUCAACUUCACGAAGCCCCCAGAGAGUUCAUGGGGGGAUAUUAUCGACUACUGGGUGCAAUGGGACUGCGACGCGUGGGUUGCCAACCUGAAGGAGAGAGUCCCCUUGCUCUGGCUGCCGCCCGGUACAAAGUUGCCCAAGAAGAAGAAGGAGAGUAGCGAAAAGACGAAGAAACGUCAGAGCUCUAUGGAAGAUAAGCCGAAGAUGGAUUCUGUGAAGCCAUCAGCAAAGCCACCCGCGAAACCAUCUACAGAUUUGCCCACAGCUUUAUCGACAGAGUUGCCGCACGACUCGCAACCAGAGACGACAACUAAACCAGAGAAGCCUUGCAAAGCUCCGAAGCUAGACAAGGUAGUAAAGACCGAGCCUUUAACGAUGCCACUGGAGGUCGCUGCUCCUCCCAAAUCUGUACCUCAAAGGCCAAUGGCAGUCCGUGACGACAGGACGAGCGCUGCUUGGGUGACAUGGAAGGUGAUGGUGGAACUUCGCCGUAUCGUGGGCAGCAUAGCCCCGACGCCAUCGACAUCCCCAAAGGCCCUCCGUGUCGAAAAGCCAAAGACGAGGCGAUCGAGAAAGUCUGCACCGGCUGCUCUAUCACGGCCAGCUCCUCCUGCUCUUUCAGACCAAACAGAGAAGAGCUUCCAGCUAAGACCAACAAUGGCCCAGGUGGGGCAGCAGGAGCCCGACCAGACGGAGUUGGCUCCAAACGAGGGUGCCGGUGCGCAGGUGACCAUGCCAGACGCAGCGGAAAGCUCGAUAUUUGCUGCUGUCAAACUCAAUCCUCGGAUGCGGAAACGAAAGACGAUUGACGGCGAAGAGAUUUUCGUGCCCGGCAUGCCACGGCCAGUCGUUUCUAAAGCACUCCCACGGCCGACCCCACGAAAGAUGAAGGCACCACACGCCAAGGAGAGGCCGGUCAUUGUGUCGCCCAAGAUUCUCUCUGAUAUUCAGCGUCCAUCUAUGGAGUCGCUCAAGUUGCCACCACUUCAAAUGACGAAGGCGCCCGCCGCCACGUCAUCAAAGCCUCAGCCUUUGGAGCCUCUUAGUUCCCCCACGGGUCCUCUGACAGCCAUCUCGUCUAACACGCAGACUCGGAUCGACACUCGCAUGGCGAAUCCUUUCUUUCUGUCGGAUCCCCUCUUGUUACGGCUAAUCCAGGCCCCCGACUGGACCCCUCCUCAAACUCACGGUUUCAAGCCCACCAAAGUCGAAAAAAAAUCCACCAAGGAUGCAGACGCCGCCAUGGCGUUGCAGGAUCUCAAGCAAGGAUAG